GUCAUUGUUUGCUGUUGUUUUAACGCGAAUGUUUUGUUUACAGCAAAGUUACUGUGUUUAUUAGUUUCGUAUUAUGUGAGAGAGUUUCUUAUUCCACUUGAAAGCAGUGGGAAGAACUAAGAAGUUCGAUGUUACACAACAUAAAUUUUAUGGAAACCGAAUCACCAAACGGAUUAAUUUUGCUAAUACUGAAAUAUAACGUGAUACAACACUUCAAUCAGCUUCUACUCAAAGUGCUUUGAAGCUGAAACUGGAAUAUUUGGACAAUGGGCUUGACAGUAUCAAUGCUGAUACUAUAGAGACGCCAACUAUUCAUUCAGGUACACAUUACGUGAAGGAAUCCGCCCACCAUCGGUUUACUUUGGAUGCAACAGGUGCCUCUCACAUUGCACGACUCUGCCAAGGCCGAAUUAGACUCCGCUCAGUGUCAUUCAGCUUGUUUCUUCUAGUGAAUGGGCUACACCACUGGUCAUCGAUAAGAAGCCGACGGGAUGGUUCUACUCAAGCAUUCAUUUUUCUCUGGAGGGAAAGUUUUAACUUUGAGAGCUACAAUGGCUUCACGAAAUCGACCAAUAUCUGACAUGGCAGCCUUUAAGGAUGUGCUCAGAAAAUCAAAAAACUGUGUUGUGUUAUCUGGAGCAGGUGUAUCUGCAGAAUCAGGUAUACCAACCUUCAGGGGAUCUGGAGGAUUCUGGAGAAAGUAUCAAGCACAAAACUUAGCCACACCUGAAGCUUUCCAGAGAGAUCCUUCUCUUGUGUGGGAGUUUUAUCAUUAUAGAAGAGAACUUGUGAUGACAAGAAAACCAAACAAGGCUCAUUUUGCCAUAGCAGAUUGCCAAAAGAGAUUCAGAGAUCAAGGGAAAUCAUUUACAAUAAUUACACAAAAUAUUGAUGGGCUGCAUCAACAAGCUGGUGCUGAAGAUGUUAUAGAGCUGCAUGGUUCACUUUUCAGAACAAGGUGCACCAAAUGCCAUGAAGUGUUAGAGAACAGAGUCAGUCCAAUAUGUCCAUCGCUGGCUGGAAAAGGGGCUCCAGACCCAGGUGCAGUCUCAGCAGACAUUCCUGUCUCUGAAUUGCCACACUGCAAAUCAAAUGGCUGUGGAGGACUUCUGCGACCUCAUGUUGUCUGGUUUGGGGAGGGGUUAGAUCCUGAAGUCUUGGUGCAAGCUGGCUUACAUUUGGAUUCUUGUGACCUGUGUUUAGUAGUGGGUACAUCUUCUGUUGUGUAUCCGGCAGCAAUGUUUGCUCCUCAGGUAGCAGCCAGAGGUGUACCUGUGGCAGAAUUCAACCUAGAGGAAACUCCUGCCACAAAUGAAUUUCAAUUUCAUUUUGAAGGUCCAUGUGGAUCAACUGUUCCAGAAGCACUGUCAGUGUAGUAUUACUGAAACAUUUAUGUUCUAUAUCUGGACUUAAAUCAAAUGUAAUAGUAUUCUGAUGAGAAUGACAAACUGUUGAAAAAAAAUGUAUAUAUUUGAAAUGUUGUGUUACCUGAGUGAUAAAUGUUUUUAAAAAAUCA